GGCGACGGAGCCGGGCAGAAGGCGCUCGAGGAGCCAGUCCUUCCUCCGCGGCGGCCGCGAUGGUGGCCCAGGCGGGUUGGGCGCAGGGAGGCUUCCGCCGCUGCUGCUGCUGCUGAAGGGAGCAGGAAAGGCCGCAGAACUUGUGAUCAUUUGAAAGGCAGACAAAUGCAUUCCAAACUAGAAAAUGGCGGCAUUCCUCCAUCAAUUCCUUUAGAGGACUAACUUAUUCAAUCAGAGGUGAAAGAGGAGUAGAAGUUGUAAGAAGAUGCUAGGAUCAGAACGUGGUGUGGUAGAAGAAUGGCUAUCAGAAUUCAAGGCAUUACCUGAAAUACAGAUCUCCAAUUAUGCGGCAACACUUCACCGAAAAAAAUCUUUGGUGCCAGCUCUUUAUAAGGUCAUUCAAGAUCCAAAUAAUGAGCUCCUGGAACCUGUCUGUCACCAACUUUUUGAACUCUAUCGUAGUUCUGAGGUUCGUCUGAAAAGGUUUACAUUGCAGUUCUUGCCAGAAUUGAUUUGGGUUUAUCUGCACCUUACUGCCAGCAAAGAUAGGCAGAGCAAUGGCUGCAUUGAGGCCCUGCUUCUAGGGAUUUAUAAUUUGGAAAUUGCUGACAAAGAUGGGAACAAUAAAGUGUUAUCUUUUACCAUUCCUUCUUUAUCCAAGCCAUCAAUUUACCAUGAGCCAUCGACUAUUGGAUCCAUGGCUUUGACUGAGGGAGCUCUGUGUCAGCAUGACCUUAUCAGAGUGGUUUAUAGUGAUCUUCACCCUCAAAGAGAAACAUUCACAGCACAGAACAGGUUUGAGGUUCUGAGCUUUCUUAUGCUCUGUUACAACUCUGCUAUUGUCUAUAUGCCUGCUUCUUCCUAUCAGUCACUUUGCAGGAUGAGUUCCAGACUCUGUGUGUGUGGGUUUCCACGGCAACAUGAAAAACCCUGGAAGGAAGAGUAUUGCAGAGUGGUACUGGAUCCUGAAUUCAUGGUACAACUACUCACUGGAGUCUAUUAUGCUGUUUACAACGGGCAGUGGGAAAUUGGCCAAGAAGCGCUGGAUGACAUAAUUUACAGAGCACAGCUUGAACUCUAUUCUCAGCCACUGUUGGUUGCAAAUGCUAUGAAGAACUCAUUACCCUUUGAUGCUCCAGAUGCAUCACAAGGAGGACAGAAGGUCUUAAAAGUAGAAGUUACUCCAACAGUUCCGAGAAUUUCUCGGACUGCCAUUACUACGGCUUCAAUCCGUCGACAUCGCUGGAGAAGAGAAGAUGGCUUUGACUUCUCAAAUGAUGCUGACUUGAGCAUUCCCGGAUCUCCGAUCCUACACGGCUCCACAGACCUAGGGAUCAAACGCAAGGAAGAGGGGGACGUGCUGGUGCUCAGGAGCCCUGAGCAUGCCUCACCGGAGCCCAACUUGGCAGCAGCCACAACUGAGGGUGCUGAGGGUGUGAAUGAUAGAGAAGAAUCUGUGAACCUUAAUGAUGCCGACGAAGGGUUUUCUUCUGGGGCAUCCCUGAGCAGCCAGCCGGUUGGGACCAAACCUUCAUCUGGAUCCCAGAGAGGGAGCUUAAGAAAAGGAGCGAGUGGACGUUCAGCCAAGGAAAAGGAAAUGGCCUCAGCCACCAAACCCAUCGAGAGCCCCCGGGAAUCUGGCCGCAAGCAGUACCUGCACCAGUCCAUUGACCUCAGUACGGACGCAGUUGAAAUGACACCUACGAAGAAACACUUGAGCCUACCUGCUGGGCAAGUGGUGCCAAAAGCCAAUAGUGUGAGCCUGAUCCGGACUGCUAGUGCUUCUUCCACAAAAUCAUUUGACUAUGUGAAUGGCAGUCAGGCAGGUUCCGGUGUUGGCGGUAAUGGUGUCACUAACUUGGCAGCAGGCAAUACCAAUCGGUUUUCAACGAUCAGUCUGCAGGAGGACCGCUUGGGCCAAGCUGGAAAUGGGAAAGAUGGCCUCUCAUCAGGAGCUCCUCUGACCAAGCAGUCCCGAUCCCCAAGUUUCAAUAUGCAACUGAUAUCCCAGGUUUAACUUCAUUGUCCUUCCUAUCUUUUUCCCGCCUUUAUCCAGUUCUUCGCGCAACACCUCCAGCCAUCUUCCUAUAGUGUGAAAAUCCUGGCUUUUGUGAUCUUGUUCAAUUCAUUUUAGAUACCAUACUAUAUUUUGUACUGAAACAGCAAUAAAACCUCCUCCCUCC